CAUCACUCUUCAACCUCAUUCAAGCACUUCGAGUCACCGGAUUCUCUCUGUUCUAAUCAAAUGGCGUUUCGAAAAUUAUUUUCGAAGCGUGCUGUGACCAACGGUUAUAGAGUUGCAUCGCCUGCAGUAGCUCUAGACCACUCAUCACCAAUUAAAUCUCUUACAACACCACAAAAUAAUGCAGCAUCCAAAACGAAACUAUUUAAAGAGUUUCUCACUGGAGAUUCCGUCGAUAUAGGGUUUUUCCGGCGUUUCCUUCACCGUAGAGCCGUUAGCCAGUUCCCUGAAUUCAUGUCCAUGCCGGUGGGAGAGAAGUUAAGGGAAAAGCUCAUUUCCGGUGACCGGCUCCACCUUGAUGGUCUGACUCGUCCGGAAGAGAUCGCUGGAGAGGCUAAUAAGUUCGGGAUUUCUGUUGAGAAUGCGAAGAAGAUCUUGAGGUUUUCUCUUGUGGAGAAGUUGAAGGCCAAACUUAGAGAGAUUCCAAGAGGGUCGAUUUGUUAUUCGGAGUUUGUCAAAAUUUGUGUUGAUGAGUGUGGAAAUGAAGGUCAAGGUGUUGAGCUCGCCAAGUUGCUUGAUCAGUCCGGAAACGUCAUCGUUUUAGGAAACAUUGUGUUUCUCAGGCCCGAGCAGGUAGCGAUAUCAAUGGAGAAUAUGAUAUCCCAGACCAUUGCUGCUCCUGAUGAUCCGAGAAGAAAACACCUUGAGCAUAUGGAGAAACUUAAGGUGAUAAUCGAUCAGAAGGCUAGAACCCAGGUCCGAGGAGAGCUUUAUUGUGGGCUGGGCUUUAUAAUGAUCCAGACACUUGGGUUCAUGAGGCUCACCUUCUGGGAACUUAACUGGGAUGUCAUGGAGCCGAUAUGUUUCUUCGUCACCUCCCUUCACUUCGCAAUAGCUUAUGGUUUUUUCCUGAGAACAUCCACUGAGCCCUCUUUUGAAGGUUACUUCCAGCAACGCUUUAAGGCCAAACAAAAGAAACUCAUGAAGAUCCAUGGUUUUGAUGUCCAAAAAUAUAAUCAACUUCGCAAAGUUUUUUACCCUAACCUUGGUUAUGGUUUACCACAAUCAGAACAUUACGAACCCGGGCACCAUUAGAACAUGGAAGCAAAUAUGUUUAGCUUAUGGUAACAAAAUUGUGCAAAUGUGUUUAGUUUAUUAUAAAAAAAUUGUAAUUUAAAAAUAAUUAGUAUAUGUUGCUAGUUUAUCA